GACGGUUUAAAAUGUCUAACAAAGAGUGCUUAAUUUUUCAGCUAAUUGCUAUUCUAUUUUUAGUCGCUGAGAUAACUUCUAAAUUCGAAUUCACCAACGUGAAGUGUACAAGUUUGGAUAUGGAGUUUGGGGACUUCGAACACUGUUACCUGAAGUCGGUAAAUCGAAGCUAUAAAUAUGUUUCAGUCAAGUACAACCUGCUUAAGUCGCCAGUGACUAAAAUAAAGGUGAAUUUGGCAAUGUUUAAACGAUUUAAUGGCUACAGACCAUUUAUGUACAAUGUCACUGUGGAUGCCUGCAGAUUCCUUAAAAACCGAAAAUCGAGUCCCGUCAUCAAUUUUUGGCUUAACGUUAUUGAAAAUUACACGAAUUUUAAUCACCAUUGUCCUUUUAAUCGCACUGCGCCGCACUCGAGGAAAGUGACAGAGAGUUCGGGGAUUCCCCUGCUCCACUGA